AUGUCACCAAAUAAGAGAAAUGGUGUUGUCAUUGAAGAACUAAAUGAAGAAGAUGAAGUGGCAAUUAAACCAAAACAAAGAAAACAAAAAUUAGUUCAUGAUCCCCAACAUGAAAGUUGUAGUUCAUCAUUACCACUUGUGGUUUAUGGAGGUGAAUCAAAAUCACUUUCGCCAGAAAUGAGGAGAACAAGAAAUUGGAAGCCAAGAGAGGGUACUAGGUCAUGUUCUAAGAGGUUAUACAUGGAAACUAAAACAGGGGAUAAUCAAGACAAGGAAGCACCAUCAAGUGAAAUCAGGGAUAAUCAAGACAAGGAAGCACCAUCAAGCGUGACAAGAGAUAAUCAAGACAAGGAAGUACAACAAGAACAUGAGCUUGAUGCAGCAACUGUGUAUGUACCAAUGGGUUUAUCUGAAAUGUUGAAUGUAGACUUUGAUCCAUUUGAAGGGUUGCAUGAUAGUGAAAACAACAACAGAACAGACCCUACAACAAUCCACAUUGGUAGUGAAUAUCAAGACUUUGAUGAAGAUAAUGGGGGGUUAUUUGAUGGUCAAUCAGACGAGUUCAAUUCAGAAAAGGGUGAAGAUGAUUACAGUGAUGAUGAUAGUGAUGUUAUAGUAGACAUAGACAAUGAAGUUGAUGACAUUGAUGUUGACAUGAGUGACUUUAGAAUGAACAUUGAUGAAGGCUUUACAAUAUUGAAUCGACCACCACCAAGCUCCACCGCCUCCACCUUUUCAUCUGGUUUAUCUCUCUUCUCUUUCUUCUCUUUUUCUUUGCAUCCUUAUUCUUCGACAACAAAUGAAUAUACAAGUUUCGCUACUUCUUCUAUUGCUGCAUGUCUCGCUUUUCAGGUUAGGGCUCGCCUCCCCAUGUCGUUGUUUGAAGCAACCCGAACUCCCAAAAGAAACAAUCGGAGAAUACCUUCCUGUUCAUCCAUAACAUGGCGUUUGAGUUACUUCAUUAUCAUCCCUUCCCUUGUAUAUUUCCACACUCCAAAUCUCCACUGGUGUCCAGCUUGCAGAAAUUAUAAGGUACUUAUAUGUUUUCUUCACAAUCUAUGCGAUAAAUUCUCUAUUAGUCACUACCCUUCACUAUUCUGGGGCCCACCUUCUAAAUUUGUGGGUGGUAGCUGGAAUGGGAAAGAUGAAAAAAGUAAAAUUGUUUCUAUUGAAGAUGGAAGAACUUCUGAUCGUUUACUCAAAUGGAUUAAUACACAAUUAAGAAGUUCAUAUAAAUUGGAAGAUGAAAAGUAUGAAAAUGAUGAGCUUCUUCGAUCAAACUUCUCAGACCCUGGACAGAUUGCACAUGCUGUUUAUGAUGUUGAAGAGGCUACCUCUCUUGCUUUUGACAUUAUUCUUAAAAACAAGAUGAUUAAACCAGAUACUCGAGCUACUCUUAUAAAAUUCAUGCAAUUAAUGACAGCUCUUUGUAAUUUUAAACAUUGUAGGUGUCGAAGAGGAUGUGCUGAUAUACUUUUGAAUUUUGACGAUUUAUACCCUUCAAAUAUUUUGUCACCAUUUGAAAGAAACAACACUCAACAUGGUGGUCUUAUUAAAUUUGAGAUAUGUGGAAAAGAAGUCUCACGUGGAUAUUGGAUGUUUUGUCGUGGUAGCAAAAAUGGUACAAGGGGAUUCAGAUUAUGUUAUCCAGGAAUCACCUACAGAUUACUAGGGAGGGAUAUGAACAGUGACCUUCUACUGUUUUUCACCGAAUCCUUCACUAAUCCCAAAAGGAUACGAUUUAAAUUUUCUGAUUCUUUUCGUGUUGCUCUAUUUGUUCCUUUCACUUCUGAAACAAAUUGCAGGUACAAUUUGAAUAUUUGA